AUGAAUCUCUUCCUAACCACCUUUCUCCUCCUCCUCCCUUACGUGGCGGCGCUGUCCUUCAACUUCACCAGCUUCACCGCCGGCGAUAACCGCAUCAGCUUUGAGGGAGCGGCGGCCGUCUAUGACGUGAGCCAUGCCAUCAAGCUGACUACCAGCAGCGACACCAUCAGCCGAGCCACAUAUGCCGACCCGCUCCGCCUCUGGGACAAGUCUUCCGGCGACCUCACCAGCUUCACCACCAACUUCUCCUUCGUCAUCUACUCUCAAAACCGGUCUAACUACGGCGACGGCCUGGCCUUUUUCCUCGCCCCGGCCGGGUCCCGUAUCCCAGCUGGCGUGACCCGAGCCGGCCGGUUUGGGCUCACCACCGACGACGAGGCGUUUAACUCCACAGACCAUCCCUUUGUCGCCGUCGAGUUCGAUAUCUACCAGAACGAUUACGACCCUAAUGGGACCCAUGUGGGUAUCGAUGUCAUGUCGAUCAGAUCUGUUAAUAACAUCUCAUGGUGGAGCAGCGUGAAGGACGGGAAGACGAAUGAAGCUUGGAUUCGAUACGAUUCCGGGUCGAAGAACCUGAGCGUCGUCUUCACGGGCUUUACGAACAACAGCAGGGUAUUACAAGGGCUCUCCUACGUGGUAGAUUUGAGAGAGUAUUUGCCCGAAUGGGUCACGUUCGGAUUUGCGGCGACAACCGGAUCUAGCUACGCGGUUCAGGUGGUCGAAUCGUGGAGUUUCAGUUCGACUCUGCUGAACCCGAAGAAAUUCCCAGUGGGAUUGGCAGUUUGGCUGGGCGUUGGAGCGGGUGUGGCCUGCGGGUUGGGUUUUAUACUGUUCGUGAUUUUACUUCGGAACAGGAAACGAAGACACAAAGAUGGGCACGAGAUUGACAUAGGAAUGGAGGAAGAGCUCGAAAGAGGAACCGGACCGAGAAAAUUCAAGUACAAUGUGUUGGCUCGCGCAACGACCAAUUUUUCAGAAGAAAACAAGCUUGGAGAGGGAGGAUUUGGGGGAGUUUAUAAAGGUUUUCUGAAAGAAUUGAAUACUCGAGUGGCCGUGAAGAGAAUUUCAAGGGGCUCGAAACAGGGGACGACGGAGUAUGCGUCGGAAGUGAAAAUUAUAAGCAGCUUGAGGCACAGAAACUUAGUUCAGCUCAUGGGAUGGUGCCAUGAGAAGAGAGAGCUUUUGCUUGUUUAUGAAUUUAUGCCCAAUGGAAGCUUGGAUUCUCAUCUGUACAGGGACAAAUUGUUGUUGCCUUGGGCCACAAGGUACAAAAUUGUUCAAGGGUUGGCAUCUGCCUUACUGUAUCUGCAUGAAGAAUGGGAGCUUUGUGUGGUACAUAGAGAUAUUAAGACUAGUAAUGUUUUGUUGGAUUUGAACUUCAAUGCUAAGCUAGGAGACUUUGGGCUGGCCAGGCUCGUCGAUCAUGAGAAAGGAUCUCAAACCACGAAUUUGGCAGGAACCAUGGGCUACAUGGCUCCUGAGUCUUGCAUAACCGGUAAGGCUAGCAAGGAAACAGACAUAUUCAGUUUCGGCGUGGUGGCGUUGGAAAUCGCAUGUGGAAGAAAACCCAUCAACCACAAGUUACCAGAGAACCAGAUUAAUUUGGUGGAGUGGGUUUGGGGGCUCUAUGGAAUGACGAAACUUCUUGAAGCUUCCGACCCCAAGCUGGGAUCGGAGUUUGUGGAGCAAGAAAUGGAGAGAUUGAUGGUGGUAGGACUCUGGUGUGCUCAUCCUGACAACAAGCUCCGGCCUUCUAUGAAGCAAGUGAUUCAAGUUCUUGAAUUUGAGGCUGCUCUGCCUGUCCUGCCGUCGGAGAUGCCGGUGGCGACGUUCAUGGAUCCUUUUAUGGCUAGAUCUACUUGUGCUUCUGAAAGUAACAAUAGUCACAACAGUCAUUCAUCCAUCCUCUCUGGAUCCCCUUUGGCCCCUUCUUCUUCCUCGUCGAGGACUUUGCUUUAA